AGGACAAUGCAUUAGCUACCGCCCUCCAGCUCCUUUCAGUGUUGUUUCCGUAAAGGACUUACAAACUGGCGAGGGCGGUGGCUUCCAAAAGCGCACAGGCGUGCCUUUUCCAACUUGGUCUUCUUAUUUUCCCUUUCUGCUCCAUAACUACAAUGUGUUUCUGUUCGUAAUCAUCUUGGCUUGUCCUUACCUAUGCUUGUAAGAAAAGUCCUUUGCGCCAUUCCCCUCCAAGCCCCAGAGAAGAGCUUACACCAGUGUCGCUCGGCCGUCAAGGAGCGAGCCACGUGGAAAACCCCGAGAUAGGACCGUGGGCCCUAGCUGGGCCCGGGUAACGAUGCGGGGCAGGGAGCGCAGACGGCCGGGGAGGGCGGCGGCCCCUUUAAGAGCAGGCCACGCCCCCUCCGCUCCUCCGUUCGCGGCCAGCGGUCGGUGGCGGCCGCUACGGUGCUGACAAGAUGGCGGCCGGCGGAGCUGUCGCUGCGGCGUCCGAGUGCCGGCUUCUCCCCUACGCGCUACACAAGUGGAGCUCCUUUUCCUCCACCUACCUUCCCGAGAAUAUUUUAGUGGACAAACCAAACGACCAAUCUUCAAGAUGGUCUUCAGAGAGCAAUUAUCCUCCCCAGUACUUGAUUCUAAAGCUCGAAAGGCCUGCUAUAGUUCAGAAUAUCACAUUUGGAAAAUAUGAGAAAACUCAUGUUUGCAAUUUGAAGAAAUUUAAAGUCUUUGGUGGCAUGAAUGAAGAGAAUAUGACAGAGCUGUUGUCCAGUGGCUUAAAGAAUGAUUAUAACAAAGAAACAUUCACCUUGAAGCAUAAAAUUGACGAACAGAUGUUCCCUUGUCGAUUCAUUAAAAUAGUUCCACUCUUGUCCUGGGGACCCAGCUUUAACUUUAGCAUCUGGUAUGUUGAACUUAGUGGCAUUGAUGAUCCUGAUGUAGUACAACCUUGUCUCAACUGGUAUAGCAAGUACCGUGAACAGGAAGCUAUUCGCCUUUGCCUAAAACACUUCAGACAACACAACUAUACAGAAGCUUUUGAGUCACUGCAAAAGAAAACCAAGAUUGCACUGGAACAUCCCAUGUUAACAGAUAUUCAUGACAAGCUGGUGUUGAAGGGUGAUUUUGAUGCUUGUGAAGAGCUGAUUGAAAAAGCUGUAAAUGAUGGCUUGUUCAAUCAGUAUAUCAGUCAACAGGAAUAUAAGCCACGAUGGAGUCAAAUCAUUCCCAAAAGUACCAAAGGUGAUGGGGAAGAUAACCGACCAGGAAUGAGAGGAGGCCAUCAGAUGGUUAUUGAUGUUCAAACAGAGACUGUUUAUUUGUUUGGUGGCUGGGAUGGAACACAAGAUCUUGCUGACUUCUGGGCGUACAGUGUGAAGGAGAACCAAUGGACGUGUAUCUCUAGAGACACUGAAAAAGAGAAUGGUCCUAGUGCCAGAUCGUGUCAUAAAAUGUGCAUUGACAUUCAACGGAGGCAAAUCUACACAUUGGGGCGUUAUUUGGAUUCCUCUGUGAGGAACAGCAAAUCUCUGAAAAGUGACUUCUAUCGUUAUGACAUUGAUACAAACACGUGGAUGUUACUAAGUGAGGAUACUGCUGCUGAUGGAGGGCCGAAAUUGGUGUUUGAUCAUCAGAUGUGUAUGGACUCAGAAAAACAUAUGAUCUACACUUUUGGUGGUAGAAUUUUGACUUGUAAUGGCAGCGUAGAUGACAGCAGAGCCAGUGAACCACAAUUCAGUGGCUUAUUUGCUUUCAACUGUCAAUGUCAAACCUGGAAACUUCUUCGAGAGGACUCCUGUAAUGCUGGGCCUGAGGACAUCCAGUCUCGAAUAGGACACUGCAUGCUAUUCCACUCAAAAAAUCGUUGCUUAUAUGUAUUUGGUGGCCAGCGAUCAAAGACCUAUUUGAAUGAUUUCUUUAGUUAUGAUGUGGACUCUGAUCAUGUAGACAUAAUAUCAGAUGGCACCAAGAAAGACUCUGGGAUGGUUCCAAUGACAGGAUUUACACAGAGAGCAACUAUUGAUCCAGAACUGAAUGAAAUACAUGUCUUAUCUGGACUCAGCAAAGAUAAGGAAAAGAGGGAAGAAAAUGUUAGAAAUUCAUUCUGGAUUUAUGACAUUGUGAGGAAUAGUUGGUCUUGUGUCUAUAAGAACGAUCAGGCUGCAAAGGAUAAUCCAACUAAAAGUCUUCAGGAAGAAGAACCAUGUCCAAGGUUUGCCCAUCAGCUUGUAUACGAUGAGCUACACAAGGUUCAUUAUUUAUUUGGUGGGAAUCCAGGAAAAUCUUGCUCUCCAAAGAUGAGAUUAGAUGACUUCUGGUCACUGAAGUUGUGUAGACCUUCAAAAGAUUAUUUACUGAGGCAUUGCAAGUACCUCAUAAGAAAACACAGGUUUGAAGAAAAGGCCCAAAUGGAUCCCCUUAGUGCUCUGAAAUAUUUGCAAAAUGAUCUUUAUAUAACUGUGGAUCAUUCGGACCCAGAAGAGACAAAAGAGUUUCAGCUCCUGGCAUCAGCUCUAUUCAAAUCUGGUUCAGAUUUUACAGCUCUAGGCUUUUCUGAUGUGGAUCACACCUAUGCUCAAAGAACUCAGCUCUUUGACACCUUAGUAAAUUUCUUUCCUGACAGCAUGACUCCUCCUAAAGGCAACCUGGUAGACCUCAUCACACUGUAACUGAAGAGUCACUGGACACAGAAAUGGAAAACAGGAGUCGAUUUUCCAUCUUUUGGAUUGCAGCUCCAUUGACUGACAGUAAAGCUACAGUGAUUGAGGACUGCACCAGAGUUUUGAAGGGAUCUUAACCAUCACAAGUUUUUACCCUCUUCCUUCAUGCCUGACCUCAACCCCGCUCUCCUCAUCCUAUUCCUAAAUUAGGCUAAUAAAGUGAAAUUGGUAUACUUUCCAGUUAAAUAUAUAUAUAUAUUUUUCUUACUUUAUCUUUUAAGAAUUAAUGAGUAUAAAAGAAAAAUUAGGCAGUUUACCCUUUCAGAUUUUUAUUUCUUUUUUUUAAUUGGGGGAAAUAAGCACUAUUAACAGAUUCAGCACUACAAGUAUUUAGAAUGUUGUUGUUGUUGGUCAUUUGACCUGCCUUCUCCCUUCCCAUUUCACUUCACCUCCCAUCACACAACUGCGUGUAAGUGGUGUCACUUGUUUACCUCUUUACUUCAUUCUUAACAAGUGUAUAGUUCUCUAGGACAGCUGAUGUAUGUUAAGGUGAUAUCUGUGUCUGUGUUGACUUGUUUUGUGUUACGUUAAACAGUAGGCAGAACUGAGGUCUCAAGUUUGCACUCUUGACCAUAAAACUAAACAUGAAACCUGAGAUUGACCCGAGCACCUAUCUGAGGUUGGUAUAUAAUAUUUCUGUAAUGAUAUAUUUUAUAGUAGAUAUUACAGUAGUAUCUGACUUUGAGUCACAGAAACCUUAAACUGAGGAGACAAUAGUUCAGAACCUUUAAGAGCCAUUCUAAAAAUGACCAGCAGGAGGGAUCGAGUAGUGAAUAAUAUCUUCAUAGCAAUUUUAGGAGAAAAUGACUCUUUUGUCCAGAAGAGCUCUGCAGAACCAGGGCUCCCGUUUCUCUUGUGCUAUCUCUGUAGUAUUUUCUUUUGAGAGAGGAGGCUGGGUUUCCAGAGCUUUGCUUUCAUUUAUUUUUAUACACAUUGUCUCUCUAUAUCUGCUUGUGGAUAUUGAUAUUUUAAAGAGAUGGUUUGUGGUUGUCCAGUGGUAUACAACUGACAGGCAUUUCAUUAAGCACAUAGACCAGACUUUGUGAACAGUUCAAAUAUUUUUUCAUUAAAAAACAAGGUAUGGCA